AUGGGUGAUGUGUAUUGCCUUGUGUCUUCUCGAACUAUCAGCCUGCAUUUGUUUGAACCCAACUGCUUCCGAAAGAAUCUUGACUUGGCUUUUAGCCCCAUAUGUACUGGGUGGAAAAACCCUUUUGGUUGGAAGAUGGGAAUCCCAAAGAAGUUUGUGAGAUUGUAUGGAAAAGGUCUGUCAAAUAAGGCACUCCUUGAGGUCCCUAAUGGUACAGUUUCGGAAGUAGAAUUUUUCAAGAGUGAUGGUAAAAUAUGGUUACAAAACGGCUGGAAAGAAUUUGCUGAGCAUUACUCCCUAGCCCUGGGUUCCUUGCUGGUUUUUGAAUAUAAGAAGAGUGGUCACUUUCAUGUUCUCAUAUUGGACAAGACUACCAUGGAAAUAGAUUAUUCAUUUAGCAUGACGGAUGGUGAUGAGGAGCCUGACCUUGAGGGAGAAUUUCAACAGCCUAGGACAGAAGAAACUGAUGAUGAUGUCUCUGUUGAAAUCUUGGAUGAUUUCCCCUCAUACCACAAAACAAAUGAGAAAUCCUCCCGCACCAUGUCCUGA